UAGUAAAUGUAUGGCUGUGGAGUGUUUCAAAGAUAAGGUGUCAGAUGGUGUGCUAUCGUUAUCAUUAUCAAACGAUAAGUAAUAAAUGAUAAGGCAGUCAGUGAGUGAUGUUCCUUGGCUCGACACGCAUCAUGCCGCUUUGAACUAUGGAGUUGGACCUGUUGAUCGUGACGUCGGUGCUGGGCAGCGUGUCGCUGCUGCUGCUGGUGCUGGUUCUGGUGCUGUUCCUGCAGCUCAGCUCUCUGAAGAGGCAGUUGCGACAGACUCCGUCUAUAAGAGUGCAAAAACUCAGGAUGGACGACAAAAACCACGCGUUCCAGAACCCAACGAUAUCGCCUGACGAGGAGCUGUCCCGGCGAGGCUACUCCAUGUACGUGGCCGACGACGCCGAGAGGGGCGCCGAGAGGGGGACAGAGCGGCAGACGGGUGGGCAGUUCGUAGAGGAGCUCUCCCGGGAGCUGGACCACCGGCAGCAGCGGCAGUCCACCACGGCGCCGCCGUUCCUGCUGCAGAGCAUCCAGGAGAACAAGAGAAAGAGCCGCGGCCUGACCAACCCUGCGGCCAGGCAGAGCGAGACUAACCCGAACUUUAUAUACUAGAACAGCAGAAAACCAAGGUUCUGAUCCUUCCUUACAUUUUCAAACCCGGAACGCAACCGAAGCAGAGCGAAACCAACCCUAACGUGCCAACAUUAGGUAACUUCAGACAUUAAGGCACUAGUAAAAAGGCAUGGCUUUGAUCCCACAGAAAACCUCGUGGAACCAUGUCAAAAACCCUACAAAACCCACGUUCUCAUGUUAUAGGUACGUUUGUCAGGCGGUGAUGUUUUGAAGAAUUCGUUGUUAGAAUUCAAAAUCUGAUGAAAUGGCCAUUAUACAGUACUAUACGUUUUCCUUUCCGAUCCUUUUAUUCUGUUUACUGAUUAAUAGGAUGUUCUUUUAAUUUAAAUCAGUGUCCGAAAUCAUUAUACACCGCACCAAUACUUAGAUAUUGUUCAAUUGUAGUGCAUGAAAAGUAACAUGGUGUGAGCAUGGCCAUAGCAACAGCAUUCCUCUGCCAUAAAAGCAUGCGUGUGGCAGAAAAAACAUUUUACAAAACCAACAAGAAUGUAAGAACAGUUCUUAUGUAAGCAGUUCCGCUGUUCUAGAUUCCAGGAUUUACAUAUUCUGCAUGCAUGUGCCAAAAUAAACUCCAAUAUUUACAAAAUGCCUGUGAAACUUGUUUUAAACUGGUAUUGUCUGCUGUUUGAGCUCACGAGGACGCAUCAGUGCGCUCAUUCACCACACAAUGCCGACUGUGAGUGAAAAUGUUUUUUAACCAGCUUUCGAAAGAAAACUACGGUUCAAAAAGAUAAUAAUUUAUUUUAAGGUUAAGAAUUAAGUACGAUUAAAGCUACUCUACAUCUU